AGAACGCCUAGUCCCCGCCCACUCCGCAUCACGUGAGGCGCAUUGGCGCGCUUUUGGAAGUGAGCCGCUUUCUCUACCCCCCGCGAGUUUACGGUUGCUACUGGCAACAAUAACGGUCCCUAGCGCCCCCUCCCCCCGGUAAAACAAAGCGACCAGAGAUGCGGAACCGGGAGGAAGUGGAGGCCACGUUGCAAGUCGCCAAGUUGGACCCGGCGGAGCUGCUGCCGGCCGCGCAGUGCCUCAGUUUCAGCGCCCAGGCCGAUGCCGCCGACUGCUUCCUCCUGCAGCUGGAGCCGGAGCUUUGCGCCGACUUGGAGGCGGGGCGAAGCCUCAUCAUCCGUGGAGAUAAAGAUGAACAUGCUGUGCUGUGUAGCAAAGAUAAGACCUACGACAUGAAAGUAGCAGAUACCUCUAACAUGUUGCUUUUUAUACCUACCUGUGAAACUCCUGAGCAGCUCGGUGCAGACCAGCCUCCAUCUGUCAUUUACACUCAGAUCGCAGGCUUUUCCAACAAUUACUGGGAAGUAAGAAGAUGUCGACCCAAGCUAAAGAAGCUCAAGAAACUCCUAAUGGAAAAUCCUUAUGAAGGGCCAGACGAGGAGAAAGAGAAAACGUUGACUAACCCAAAGUACACAACAGAUGACUUAUUAGAUCAGAUACAAGCAAGCGAGGAAGAAAUAAUGCAGCAGCUGGAAGUUCUAAAAGCAUGUGAAGUUGAAGGAUAUUGGCGGAUUCUAGACUUUGACUAUGAGAUGAAACUGUUGAAUCAUGUGACUCAGCUGAUAUAUACAGAGUCGUGGACAUUCAGCAAAGUUCCUUUAAGUAUCUGUCUUCAAGAACUUGAACCUCUGGAGCCCAAGGAAAUGAUAGAACACAUUCUUAGGAGUUAUGGAAGACAAAUCAUUGAUGAAGGUGAGAUUUUCUUUGAAAUGAAUGAAGAGAAGAUAUGCAGGGCUACAGCACUGAUGCUCUUGCAAAACGCUGUCAAGUUCAGCCUCUCAGAAUUCCAAGAAGUAUGGCAGCAAAGUGUCCCUGAUGGGUUGACAACGAGGCUAGACCAGUUAAAGGGUUUGGCUCUUGUGGAUCGAUCCUCCAGACCAGAGACUAUCUUUUUGCUAAAUGUUGAAGACUUGCCCGAGGAUAGCCAGGAAAGAUUUAACAGCUUAUUCACCAUUCGAGAGAAGUGGACUGAAGCUGAUAUAGCUCCAUAUAUACAGGACCUGUGUUCAGCAAAGCAAACGAUUGGUGCAUUGCUGACAAAAUACGCUCGCUCUUCAACACAGAAUGGAAUUAAGGUUUAUAAUUCUAGAAGGCCCAUUUCAUGAGAAGCAGCAGCAAUUAAGGGCUGAAAGAUACUUCUAGACUCUCAGCUGGUGUCUCAUAUUUGGGUGGAGGUUGUUAGGUUUUUAUCACAUGAUUACGGUCUUUUAUUGAGUGUGUAACCACAUUAAAAUGUACUGGGAAAGUUCAGAUGAUAAUGAUGAUUUAUUAAAUUUAUAACCUGUUAUAAAAACAUUCAGGUACAUAAUUACAAUAAAUACCCUCGUCCCCCAAUUGUUACAGAGGAAUACUUCUUUUCAAAUCAUUGGAAAAUGUAUCCAUAAUGAUCCAAAACAUAUUUAUAUUUAUAAUAAUAAAAAAAUGUUCCUUGGA